CUGUUUCUGUGUUCCUACCCGGACCCUGUUUGCAGACACACCGUUGCCAUUGGAUGCAGCAGCAGCUUCUCUGCUGUAACUCCGGUGCUAAUGAUGCUAACAGCAGCUAACCUGUCAAACAAGAGACAACAAACGUCACAGUUUAUAUUCUGACGUGUUAACACUCGGGUGUAGUGACGUCACCACAGCAGUAAACUGUAGCUAGGUACGAGGUUUUUUUUAAUCUAGCAGGAGCUAACGGUAGCUAGCAGGAGCUAACGGUAGCUAGCAGCAGGAUUAGCUGUGUCAGCAGUCUGGGCAUUUAGUUAGCUGACCGGCGGCUAACAGCUGUUAGCUCCUCUGUGUAUGUGAACGGAGAUUCUCCGGUUGUUUUACAGACUCGGUGAAUGUACGGGAGCCGACAGGGACAUCGGAGGAGGAGGUCAGCACCGGAGGAACCAGCCGGUACUAAAGUUCAACUGUUCUGCUGAAGGAUCAGACCUGGACAUGGACCUGGACCUGGACCUGAGCCGGUCCUCACCGGGCCGGGCCGUUCUGCUCCUGGACAUUUCUCCUGUCUCCAUGACGACACCUCCAACAUGUCCGACUGUGAUCCAGCUGCUGUAGAGGAGCAGACGGCUGCAGAGGAAGCUCCUGGUCCUCCCAGUCCUCCUGAUCCUCCUGGAUCUCCUGAUCCCCCUGGUCCCCCUGCCCCUCCUGGUUCUACCAGUCCCGGUCGUCCCCCCCUGGCAGAGAAGGCCCUGUCAGAGGCCUUCGCCCGGCUGCGGUACCGGGACACGUCUCUGCUGAUCUGGCAGCAGCAGCAACAGGAUCUGCAGGUGGCGCCGCCCUCCACCUACCUGAGCCGCAGCCAGUCGGCCUGGUACAGCAGCUACGGGAACCAGGCCGUCCUGAUCCGGGACAAGAGGGGCCUGGAGGACGCAGAGGGACGCUCCAGGAUCUGCAACCUCAUGUAGACUCAUGUCUCAUGUUUUACACUUCCUGUCCAAGGCAGGAACAUCACGCCGUUACGAUCUCGAUCACAGACUGUGGAGACAGUCGUUGCGCGUCUAAUCUGCCAUUGAAGGAAGUGACAGCACCAAGUCAGUGUCUGUGUGAAAGGGACAGUCGACAGGAUGGGACCAUGGACAGGACAGGUGGGACGUUUGGACGAUGUGUUCUGUGGGCGACCUACCGCAGGACAUUUAAAAAGCAGCAGUUAGCAGUUAGCGGUUAACUCAGAGAAGAAGAACAGCAGCUGAAAAUGUCCACAAAUAGUGAAAAGGGACUUCAUAGCAGCUCUGUAGCGCCACCUGUGUGUGACCUUACUGUCAUGUGACAUGUCGCUCAUCUCUGCAUCAUUUCCUGUAAAGAACUACAUCGUCUGGACUUUAAAUGAACUGAAUCCUUUUUAUGUUUCUGUGAACAGUUUUAAUCUCUGAAAUUAUUUUCACCUUUCAUGGUUUCAUUUCAUAUUUCAUAAGAACAACGACAGAUCAGAGCACAACAUUUUUAUUUUUUUAUUUUCUAUUACUCUGAUAUUUAUUUCUGAUGUAUUGAUUAUUGGAGAUUUUAUUCUCUGUAUGGUCCAUGUUGAAAUGUUUGCUGGUAGAUGAGUUAAAUAACUGGAAUUAUACCAGAUGAAUCUUUAGAGCUGGGGCCGGAUGAUCAGCCGAUGAUGUCAUGUUGUUUGAGAUGAUCGUCAGACGACAUCUGUGUGAGUCUAAGUUUCCUGAGCUUCAGUUUCACAUGAAAUUUCAGUGAAACUUUUUACAGGAAAAUGUUUACAGGAAGUUAAAACGGCACUCUGGUUUGAAUCGUCUGUUUUCGGACUCAGGUGAGUUUCCUCUUCCUGCGGACUGAAUGAUUCAGACUUCAGUCUGAGGCUGGAUCCAGAUCUCCACCCUCUGGACUUGUAGACUGAGCUCUCGCCUACUUCAGAAGCACGUAAUGUGACGUCUUCACCGCCAUCAUGUAAAGUCUGCAAGAGCGGGAGUCUGCAGCAUUUUAAAAGGAGUUAAUGGACAGGCUUGGAUUCUGUUUCACUCGUGUCGGAGGACAUCUCUGUCUGACAGCAGUCAGAGGUUAAAGGGCAUUGUGGGAAAUGUAGGAGUUUUAAAGGGAUCCAGACUCAGUGAUGUCAUCAGGAGUGUUACAGUUUGAACUGAGUCGGCAAAUGUUUUUAUUCUUCCUGGACGACGGCGUUGUUUUACAACUAAAUCUCAAGACUUGAGUCGAAGACCAACGAGUCCCAAAACCAAGUCGGAAACUCUGUUUCUAGUCCUGAACAAGUCACAGGUCAUCUGCUGCACUGAAGUACACAUUUUUAAGGAACUUGUACUUUAUUAAAGUAUUUCUAUUCUCUGCAACUUUCUCCUUCUUGACUGCGUCU